AUGAACAACUCCAACGUAAAUCUCACCAUAAUUGAAUUACCAACAAACUCUGCAACUCUUUUCAUUUCGCUCAUGGACAUUUUAGAAGUGUGUGUGUGCAGCAUCAAUAUACUGUUUGGUUUUCUUAUUCACUCUUUUGUUAUAUGGCUCAUUGUCACAGGAACAGGAAACAAAAUUGCAUCUGAGUUUUUCAACCUGAAUCUCUCUGUCUGUGAGAUUGGAAUCGGUCUAUAUUGUUUUUUCACUAUACUGUUAAUUUGGUUUUCAAGUUUUGAUGUAGUGGAACUCUUUACAUCAGGACUAGGUGUCACCGGUCGUCCUCUGUUUCAGUGUCUGAUCUGUGUCGAGCGUUACCUGGCUGUGGUUCAUCCUGUAACCUUUCUGAAGUACAAACCUCUCAGAUACAGACUGAUGUGUUGCGCUGCUGCCUGGAUCAUUUGCCUUGUCUCUUGUUUGUGUGCUGUGUUUGUGUCUACCUCAAAAUUUUUUGCAUGGUUUGUCUCAGUGCAGUACCUCGUCUUUCUCUUCAUUCAGUUGUUUUGUUGUUUGGCUGUUCUCAGAGCUCUGAAGCAGUCAGGACCAGGAGAGAGAGGAAGAGAGAGAGAGGAGGAAAAUCAAGUGAAGAGAAAAGCAUUUCAUCUCAUUCUAAUAAGUGCUAUAAACACAGUUAUCAUAUACCUGCCAUAUUGUGUCACAGGAUUUAUUGAUAUUUUCUCAGAAAUGCGACUAGGCCUCUGCGGUCGUCCCAUGUUUCAGUGUCUGAUCUGUGUCGAGCGUUACCUGGCUGUGGUUCAUCCUGUAACCUUUCUCAAAGCUCUGAAGCAGUCAGGACCAGGCGAGAAAGGAAAAGAGAAAGAGGAGGGAAAUCACACAAAGAAAAGAGUGUUUCAUCAUAUUCUAGAGAAGUGA